GAGUCGGCAUGAGAUGAAUUCUUUCAGGAUUCUUCAAAUGUAAAAUGUCUGACAUAGGGUUAUCCCGCGUCCUUGACAUACUGCGGUCUCUAUAUUCAACUGUGCAGACCAUUGAAGAAUACACAGACUGUGUUACUCUGAGCAAUGGCAGGAAGCCUGUCCUGGUGGAAGAAUCAGACACCAAUCGCUUCAAAUCGCUCCUCCGCGGUCUCAUCGUGUGCACAGAGAAGCCCUUGAGAGAUGCCCCAAGUGGGGACCAGCUCAGCACAUUGCCUGAGGUACUGGCCUAUGUCCUGAACGGCAUGAUGAAGACCAAGAACCGUAACGUCCUGCGGUUUGGCUACCUGUACAGCGACAAAGACGGGGACGUCGCCGACCCGUUCAAGUUCCACGGCGUGAUCACCCAGAGCUCGGCAUUCGUGCACAGCAGCGACCUCUGGCGGAAGGUCAACCAGCGCCUGGGCACAGACCUCACCCAGCACCUGCUGCGCAACUGCGCCAUCUUCACCGUGGCGCCUCCUACCUGCCUCUUCCAGGUGUGCGGGGUGCCCAUCUAUGACCUCAUCUCUGCUGCUCACACUUCCUCCAGGUUCCUCCUGUGCCGGCCCGGACCCGGACCUCAGUCUGCUCCUGUCAGUUCAAAGGCUAUGAUCAGCAAGAGGCAGUCGCGGAGGAGGAGGAAGUUGAAGUCUCAAGAAGUCACUGGGAAGAGGAAGAGGAAGAGGGAGGAUGAGAUGGUUUCUGGGGAUGUUGAGGGGUUGCCCAGGAAACGGAGCUGUAGCCAGCCAGCACAGAACACGUGUGAAUCACCAGCGCUCAGCCACCUCACCAGCAGCACAGACAGCGCACAGCCUUCUGGUCGUAGCAGCAAAACCACACAGUCACAGGUGGUGAAUAGACACCUUCUCCACUCCACACAGUCCCAAGUGCCCAGCAUCAGCACCACACAGUCCCAAGCAGUGAACAGAAACGUUCAUGUCUCCUCGCAGUCCCAAGUGGCCGCAGGUUCAGCCUCUGCCACCACCACCGCCACCACCUCUCCCGGUUCUCGCAGCUGGAAGCCAGCCAACCAAAUUCACCCCCAGCCGUCCAAGUGCUUCAUUCGCAUGCUGCGGGUCCUCUACGGCGGCGCUGGCAUCAGGAGCUUCCUGCUGAACAGGAAGUGGGCCUGCGGUGGCGGUGCGGGCGGCUCAAAGAGACGCCUUCAGGGCGCGGACCUGGUUCGGCUGGUGUUCCUCCAGGGUGAGGGCUACCUGAAGGGGGAGGAGCCCAAACCCAAGAGGCUCCCGAGACGCUUCUUCAACAUGGCACCGCUCUUUAGCCGCCUCCUGCGCAACCACAGGAAGUGCCCCUACGCCUACUUCCUGAACAAGAAGUGCUCCGUGGCCGUCGCUGCUGGGCAGCCAAUCGACACGACGGACAAGGCGUCCCUCUUGGCCGCCCAUUGUUUUCCAUACCGAGUGUACCUGUUUGUCAGAGAGUGCCUGUUGGCUGUGGUGCCGGAGGAGCUGUGGGGGUCAGAGGGCAACCGCGUGCUGUUCCUGUCCUGGGUGAGGCAGCUACUGAGGCUGGGCAAGUUCGAGAGCCUCUCCCUGGCCCAGGUCAUGUGGAGCAUGAAGGUCCGAGAUUGCCUCUGGCUCCACCUCAAGAAUGGAGCCCACUGCCCCAGUGAGCAGCGGUACCGUGAGCGCCUGCUGGGCCAGUUCCUGGGCUGGCUGCUGGAGAGCUACGUGCUGGGCCUGGUCCGGGCCAUGUUCUACGUCACCGAGAGCAUGGGACAGAAGCACUGCCUGCGGUUCUACAGGCGCGACGUCUGGAGCCGGCUGCAGAGCUUGGCGUGCAGGGAGUACCAGUCUAAAGGCCAGUGGAAGACUCUGACUCCGCAGGAGGUGGCAUCCCUGCCCAAGUCCACGGUGAGGGCCCGCCUCCGCUUCAUCCCCAAGGCCAACGGCAUGCGGCCAAUCACACGAGUCAUGGGAACGGAUGUCAUCACCAAGCGGUUCCAGAGGAAUGUGAAGAACCUGCGUGACGUGCUGGCGGUGUGUGUGAGGACGUCACCGUCCCUGCUGGGGUCCACCGUGUGGGGACGCAAGGACAUCCACAGGGUCCUACAGACCAUCACUCUGCAGCAGAAGACUAAACCUACUCCACUGUAUUUUGUCAAGGUGGAUGUGAGUGGGGCAUACGACAGCCUGCCCCAUGACAUGCUGGUGCGGGUGGUGAGUGAGGUGUUGCGGCCUGUGCAGGACGUUGGCUUCUCCAUCAGACACUAUGCCAAGGUGUGGAGAGAGUCGCUGCAGGGCCUGAGGAAGGAGUUCUGCAUGCAGGCGGAGGCCCAGGCUUGCAUGAACAUGAAGGGAUUUGUGAUGCAGGAGCAGGAGAAAGGAGAUCUCCAUGAUGCGAUCCUGGUAGAGAACUAUAACUCUCCCGAUGUAAAGGGUGGAGAUAUGCUUGACUUCUUCAAACAGAUGCUUACAGACUGCGUUGUUCGGUUUGGGAAACAAACGUUCCGUCAGGUGUGUGGCAUUCCGCAGGGUUCUGUGGUGUCGGCCAUGCUGUGUAAUCUCUGUUACGGGCACAUGGAGAACUCCCUGCUCAGCGACGUCACUGAGAGAGGAGGGUGUCUGCUGAGGCUGGUGGAUGACUUCUUGCUCAUCACGCCUAAGCAGAGCAAAGCCAUUUACUUCCUCCAGUCCCUGUUGGCGGGUGUGCCCCGGUACGGCUGUGUGGUGAACCCCCAAAAGGUGGCGGUGAACUUCCCCCUGGAGGAGGGCCUGAGCGCUUGCUGCCCCGGGGUGCGUGUGCUCCCCCAGCACUGCCUCUUCCCCUGGUGCGGCCUGCUGCUCCACACACAGACCCUGGACGUCUCCAACGACUACUCCAGCUAUGCUGGCCUGUCCCUGCGCUACAGCCUGACUUUAGGUGCCUCUCCUGACGCCGCCUCCUUCAUGAGGAGAAAGCUGAUGGGGAUCCUGCGGCUCAAGUGUGAUCCCAUACAACUGGACCUCAGGACCAACUGCUUGGAAACGGUCUAUAAAAACAUCUACAAGAUAGUGCUACUGCAGGCAAUGAGGUUCAAUGUGUGUGUGCGGAGUUUGCCUAAGGGCCAGACUGUGGAGACCACUCCUGCCUUCUUCUGGAGGAUGAUCUGGGCCAUGGCCAGGACCACCUACAGCUGUGUCAAACACGCCAACCAAGAGGGCUCCCUGGGCUCUGUGACUGGUGGUUGUCUGAGGUACAAGGCCGUGCAGCUGCUCUACUGUCUGGCCGUGGAGUGGGUCUUCAUUCGACACCGCCAGGCAUACCGCUCUCUGCUGCCCCCUAUACGCCAAAGGAAAUCGCGUCUGCAGAGGGAACUGAGAGGGGUGAGGCUGGCACGGGUCGUUCAGGCUGCCACCCCGAGAGUACCAGCCGACUUCAAGGCCAUCAGGGCCUAACAUGUCAACCCUAUAAAUAAAUGUAUAUGCUGUAAAUAAUAAACUAAUCAGUUGUGAGGUUGUGUGACGGAUGUUGGUCUCUGGUCUCUGUUGGACUGGAUAUAACAAGCAAAACAGUUGUGUGGUUGUGCAAUAAGUGCUUGUGUCUGGCCUCUGAGCCAAACUGGCUAUUACUAAAUAAACAGUUUUGCGGUUAUGAAAAGGA